AUGACAGCGGCGAUGGGAAACGAUGCACUCGGUAGCCGACAAUCCGGAACACGACUUGGUCAAUUCGCAAUACAGGCGUUAGAGCAGGAUAGAACUAGUGAUAAGGUACGCGUGAACCGAGAGGAACAUAAAUUAUUGUGCGUAUAUAAGAAAGUUAAACGGGCCGCUGUUGGCCGAUUGUUAGAUUCAACCUCGAACUGUGCGAACAUUUAUUCAACUACGAAGGCUCCGCAGUCCGCUCGACGACGUGAAGUGUUGUAUCACUUCUCUGGAUAUGCUCUCGAGAUGCUCAUGGUAAAGCUGGACCACAUGCAGCAAAGUGUUCUGCAACUACAGAUCGAAUUGGCCAAGCACCGGGAAGAAGCUGCGCAAAGCAAGGUGCACAUGACCGUGGGACUAAACGACAUGCAGCACAGUGUCCGGGAACUACAGACCGAAUUUUCCAAGCACCGGGAAGAAGUUGCGCGAAGCCAAAAUAACAGCGAUAAGAACCUGGUCGAGAUUAAGAGGGCCGUGCAGAACAAUUUCGAUUCGAUGCGUCGAUGGGAGGGUGAUGUUGGACGGAACUUUAGUCGCCUACAGGACCGAUCAUGGCAGAUCUUUGCGCUACAAGCUACGCAUACUACAAUGAAGACCAAUCUUCGUUCAUAUGUACCCUAUCGCUCGUGCAGUGACAUUCGGAAUGCACAAUCUGGGGCAUAUAUUAUCCAGGUGAACGAUGAAAGUAACCCUUUUAUGGCGUACUGUCACCGGGAUAUGAAAGGUGGAGGCAUCUGGUUGGUGAUACAGCACCGAUCCGACGGAUCGCUAAACUUCUAUCGCAACUGGACCGAGUAUCGGGAUGGUUUCGGUAACAUUGAGAAUGAGUUUUGGAUCGGACUGGAACGAAUACAUCAGCUGACAUCCGGGCGACCCCAUGAACUGAUGGUUGAGCUGAGAGACUUUAAGGGGAAUUAUAAAUUUGCACUCUACACAGCAUUCGAGAUUGGCAGUGAAUCCGAACAAUACAAACUGAAAACCCUUGGAGCGUACAACGGAACUGCAGGCGAUUCUCUGUCAAUUCACAAGAAUAUGAAAUUCUCGACGUACGAUCGUAAUAAUGACAUAUCGGAGACAGGAAAUUGUGCCGUAAUAUAUGAGAGUGCCUGGUGGUACAAAAGCUGCUAUAGUUCCAAUUUGAACGGGCGAUACAAAGAUAUAAACAAAAAAAAAUUGAUCAACUGGUACGCCUUCAAUAACUCCGUAGAAGGACUGGCCUUUUCAAGAAUGAUGAUACGACCAAAAGAAUAA